CAUAUCUAAUCAAAAGGGGAGCUAGUUAACUACAUUCUUACCUGUCGGUCUUCAAACUCCUUGUGCAAGUCUGGAUGCUUGUCAAUUAAAUGUUUACCAAAGUUUGAAGUAUUGCCGAAAGUGGCGCUUCCAUGUUUAAAGUUGCAUCUUUAUUGCUAGUUUUGAAGCCAAAAUACCUCCAUAUUGUGAUUUGCGCACCCUCUUUAUUAACCAGUAGAGUUGCAGUUUUUCUGCCUUUCUUCCUCUUCUGUCUCCAUACUGUUUCAGUUUGUAUGUGCGUGUGUGUCGACUCGGCUCAUCUUACCAGCAAUGUCAUGGCGGCAUGUCACCUUGCACAUUAAAAUAAGUAUCUGUAUUUUUCAAAAGCAGUAAAGUACCUUUUUUAAUUCAUUAGCAUUUUGGUACCGUGUCAUUGCAUGGCCACAAUGGAAAUACUUUGUCACAUCCAGGGUAAUUAUUUUAAGUUAUGCGUUGAGUGUAUACACCACGGGUCUGUGUUCCGUCAAAAGUUGGUCAACUAUGACCAUUAGCUGUGUUAUUAGCAUUCCGUGUUGUUAGCAUUGCGUGUGUCCCGUUGUCAUUCCACAUUGCUCGCGUCAAAGACUCACCAAUGUCAUGUGAAUCUGAUGACGUCAAAGAUGAAGAACAUCAACAGAGUUCCACUUAGCUGUUGAUAGCUGAUAGCAGUCUUGUUAGCAUAGAGUGGUGCACCACUACUGGUAAGUCUCGUCUUUUAUUAUCACUCAAGCCAAAGUCUCACCAAUGUAGAGAUGUGUUAUUGAUGAGGCAGGGGUUGAAGAUGAAGUCCAUAAAAAAGUUGUUCUGCCAAAAAUGUAUCAACUUAAUUGUUGCGGUAAAUAUAGCGCCAAUAUUACCUACCGUGUUGUUAGCAUAGUUUACCCUUAACCUGAAAACAAAAAUCCCCCUUGGUGACUAUCUGUAUUGAUUGCCACAGUAGAAUAGAAAAUAAGACAAAUAUUGCAUUGGAAUGCAUAAAAGACUUAAACACUUAAUUUAGGCCAAAAGUACAUGUAGAAUAUGCUUGAAAGUUUUUUUUUUUAAUUCUAAAUGUGCAUCAUGCCUGUAAAGUUCUGCUAAUUGGUCAUGGUCAUAUCAUUGACUCGCUUGUAUAUUUCCAUCAUGGAGAGGCCAAUUACUAUGUUUGUAAGUAAUCCCAAUUUUCCAUCUUCGACUGUGUGGCUUUACAAUUUUUUUCCUUUGUAAACCCCCAGCCCGUCCAUUAGCGAGGUGAUGGUAUUCAGUAUGUCCAUUCCAGGGCAGAGUAAACCGACCGAAAAGCAAGUUGAGAAGUACAGCUUUCUUCUAAACUGUGUUAGGAAAGAGGAGGAGAUGGACGAGCACAGGGCCAAUGACUCGAGGCAGCCGUGUGACCCAUUACUUCGGCAAAAUGGACCGGUGACCAGAAGACUGCUGCCUCAUACUCGGCUCACCCUCUGCCCUUGAGCAAAGGCAAUUAACCUGGAUCCAUCACGUAAACAUCCAGCUGUGGAACCACAAAGAGUUACGCACGAGUGGCCACCGUGUCCCCCAUGGAAGAAGUGCAAAGCUGUGAUUGGCCACCGACGAAGCAUAUCCACAGUGAUGGAAUUUGUUCACAUCUUUAAAAGGAUAACCCUCUGACUGACACAUUCACAAUGUUUAAAGGAUUACGUUACCUGGAUUUCCUCCAACCAUGGUUGGGUUUUCACCUUGGCCUUGACUGUGUCCACCACACUUUUUGGUAUUGAGGAAGUGUACGCCGCUGUCAACCAGAUGACCUAGUGGAUAUUUGUUUCUGUGUAGCACUACUGAACCAUACGAGGCGAUCCUAGUAUUGAACAUGACUCAUGGGGAGGAGCCUGGCCCUGAAACACACAAGGAUUCAGCUGUUUUAACUUACCUGGAAGGUUUACUGAUGCAUCCAGUGGUGGCCGGGCCUGGGGCCACAGCGAGCAGGAGGUCUGAGGCUGCUCAUAGCAAUCAAGAUCAGGGUGACAAGGCGGGGGCACACUUUCAACUACCUACAUAUAACCCAACAGCUCCCAGGGCUGGAACCAAUGGACCAGCCAUAGGUGCUUCACAGCACUUGAAGAAAGCCCGCCUCCUGCGCUCAGGGGCCUGGAAUGAUCCAGGGAACCAGCGUUUGAGUUCACCUCCAGUGGAGCUCAAUGGCCAAGUGGGAGGCCUGCAAAAUGGUUCACGAGAGGGUUCUCCUCAUGGCGGGGAGAGUACUCUUUUGGCUUCCCUGCUUCAGUCGUUCAGCUCACGGCUUCAGAACGUGGCAAUGUCUCAGCACGCUAACAAGCCACCGAGCGAGUGCUCUUCUCCAUCCAGUGCACCCCCCGCAGACAAAGAGCCGCUCCCUGUGUAUGGAACAGCUUCAAGCCGCUUGAAGGGCUUAAUAAGAACGAACAAACUUCAAAAUCACAGCAAAACCCCUUACAGUCGUCGUGGAAACAGUCAUGACAGGCCACCAGAAUCACCCCGGGCAGCACACAGCGCCACACCCCCCUCUGCAACUACAGCUUCUGAGUCGGUGUCCUGUGCAGAGCGCUUGAAGGCUGUCGCCAACAUGGUGAAAAUACGUUCCAGCCCCGCCCCUUCGCCCAAGCCCAGUGUUGCCUGCAGUCAGCUUGCCCUCCUGUUGUCCAGUGAAGCUCAUCUCCAGCAGUACUCACGAGAGCAUGCGCUCAAAGCUCAGCUUUCAGGAAGAUCUGCCAGCGAGAGACUGGCAGCAAUGGCAAACCAGCAACACGGCGUCGAGAAAAUGUCUGGGGGGACUCUGUCAGGAACCUCCGAGACACUAAGCUCUUCAACAACCCAAAAUGUAUUGACAACCACAAACACGCUAACAACAACACUCCCUCGGACAGUCAUGUCCAGUCCCCAGAGCCCCCCUUUGCUCUGUGAGCGCACUCAAAGCUCGCCGCCCACUGCCCUACGAGCUAUGAGCCAAGUCCACAACCAACCCCCCAGGGAAAAGCGAGGCUUUGACUCAAGACCAACUCGCCCUCCCCAAACAUGCAGCAGUUUGCUGUUGCUGCUCCUCAACAAUCACAACAACCAGAAACAGCUUACAAAAAAUGGACACCUGGAGGACAGCUACGGUGUUCUGCCGGCAAGCGGUUCCUCCUCCGUUACAUCAGAUAGUGAAUGUUCCACUCACGAGAAGACUCUGACCAAGGACAGCAGCGACGCAGAGAGUUCUUACUCCAGCUGCUCUCCCAUUGACCUCUCCAUGAGAAGCCGGCCCAAAAAACAAGACGCAGGGCAAAAUCCUUCCACCUCUUGUUCCUCCUUUUCUUCCUUUACCACAAACAUUUCCUCUUGUCAUUCUUCUCAUGCUCCACCAACCAACAUGGUCUUUUCACCACUGCCCACUGUUGUCUCGUCUGCCUCCAAUCCAUUUUCUUCCUCCUCAUCUGUCUCUACUUCCUCCUUGGAAAAACUAACAGAAUCUUUGAUAAAAAAGUGGCAGCCCAACCCAUCAGAAACAAACAAAGAACAUGAAAUUGACGCAGACCUGAAAUCCAAGUCCAAGGUCACAUUAAUGCAGCUUCUUCUUGAGCGCAGGAAUAACGAUCUCGGUGAUAAGACCAUAGAUAAGGAAUUUCCGCUCAAUAUAAGUAUGGCCACCAUGUCUCAAAGUCAACCUAAAGGAAUUGUGCCCUCGGAGGAGUCCAGGACAAAAAGCCCAGUAAAUAAGCCUGUAGGCCCGGCCCAGGCACCGUACUCUCUCAGUCAUAUUCCAAGUGGUACGUUAUCUCUGUACCCUCCUCCUCAGGUACAGUCAAGCCCUUUGGAUUUGUGCAAGUCUAAAGCCUUCCCUGCUGAGAAGGGUAAAGAGCCAGCCUUCAGUGCCAGUAAACUGUUACAAAAUCUGGCUCAGUCUGGGAUCGCUUCAUCCUCCCCACCAAUCCCAUCUAGCCAAGGGUUGGGCCAGGAGCUUGAUAGCAGCAGGCCUUUGGCCUCGCUAGAAAGACCCAAUGCUUCAGUCAACAGACCCACUUCUGUGCCACUUUCUGAUAGACCCGCAGGAAGCGGCACGCCUUUGAACCGGAACGAGACGUUUCCUCCUUCCUCACAAAUAGAGAACCUUUUGGAGAGGCGCACUGUGCUGCAGCUCCUUUUAGGGGCUGGCACAAAUACUGCUUCAGCUCGCCGCAAGGACAGGCCGGUCAAGAUUGGCAGUAGUGCGGCAUUAGAAGGGAGAAGAAAUGGCAGCAGCCCUAGCGUCUCAAACAUAUAUGACAGCUCUGACUUGCCUGGUGUUAACGUAAGGGUGAAAACAGAGCCCAUGGAGGAAGUGGGUCCGUCCUCGGCUGUGUCGGAGCUAUUAAUUAACAGAAAGAGACAGAAACAAACUCCCCCGUCUGAUGAUCAGUCAGACUUUAAAGCAAAACAUCGACCGGCGGAAGUUAUCGAAAAAUACGGUCUACUUAGCCAGUUGCUUAAACAACAGACUGCUACGUACUACAGCAGUGCUGUUAUGCAGACAGAGUCGCAACCCAGACAGGUGAGAGAGGAAAAGAGAGAGUAUCCAAGCCCCAGCCCUAAAAAGAGACGCCUAUGCUCUAAUCAGACUGACAGUUUGAACAAUACCAGCCCUCCAAGAGCCCUUGAAAGGGGAAACACAAACACGUUUGCCUCUUCUGGUGCACAGGAAGACCCUGACAAGCAGAAGUUUCUAAAAGAAGAGGAGCUUCCUACCAGGAGUCCACCAAAAGACACCUCUCCCCGAGAGAGUCGGGGAUUCAAUGUGCUCAAACAGCUGCUGCUCUCUGACAACUGCCUGAAGGAGUUGUCCCAGGAGCACCGUGGGGGACCUUCCAUCCUGCAUGCCAAUGGUCGAGGUAACGGCAGCUUCCUUAGUCAACCUGCACCGGACCACAACUUCCUUCACCUGCCUAGCUGGCACCCCCACGGUUCGCUCAACUCAGGGCUUCCAAGUAAUGUCAGAACACUGUCUGCCCCUCCUGCCGGUGACAGCCCCCGGGGUCAUCACCGAGCACCUUGGCAGGUGACACACAAAAGGGACCCGCCUCUUCUCAUCAAACAGGAGCCAGAGAGUCCUGUCCGCUGGAGUAGUCAAGACAACGAGGAGGGCUGCGACUCAAACCCGGACUCUCCUCGGCUGUCACGUUCCAACCCCAUCCUUUAUUACAUGCUGCAGAAAGGCAGCUUGCAGCUAAGGAAGGAGGCAAAGGACCAGGUGGAAGGAACUCAGGCUGCGGUCAAGGUUAAAGACGAGCCGCUCGGUGACAUGCAUGCCUAUGAACAAAGUUUGAGCUCCACACCGCAGUCACCAACGGACAGCCGUGACAAGCACAGUCAGGAGAACCAGAGAUUGAGUCACGAGUAGUCGCAGACAAACGUCGUUAGAACGCACACUUUUGACUUGAGCAGGUGUGUCUUUGCUCUACGUCCAAUUGAAGUCACUAAAAUGCACAAAAAACUGACACAUCAGAAUCAGACAAGGCUUCAGAUUGAAAAGCAUGUCCUGUAUAACUUCAUUUUUUUUUUUUUAACUAAGUCUUCAACUGCAACUUCUGAUUUCAUGAUUAAAUAUAUAAAACUCCAACCAUAGCAACAUUCAACUAGAACAUUUCAAAAGACGGCUGCAGAAAUGCUAGCAUUCGGUUUAUAGUAUUUAUUUUCACCAUCAGGACACGUUCGCCAACAGUUUUGAGUCAAGUCCUAGUCAGCAGGAUCUACAGCUUCGGAAACACCCUACCUGGUUGAAGCUUCAAGGUGUAAAAUUAAGGUACACAUUUGCUGGUGGGGCUUAGAAACUUGUUAAACAACAAAAGUCUAUUGGAGAACUGAAUAUCAAGCACAUUUGCCCACUUUGUCCUUAACACAAUAAUUCUAUGGCAUGUGGUAAAAAUGUCAGUAUUGAGUGAUUUUAUUUUUAUUUGCCCACUAUUUCUUAACUGUUGUCGUUCCUGGAAACGUUUUGUCUCUUUAUUGGUAGAAAAAAAAAAUGGAAGUGCAUGGUAAUGAAGAAAAGACUACGGGUACAUCUUUGUUCUGAAAAACAUGGAUUGUACUUUUUUUUUGUGUUUUUUUUUCCAUCUCAAAACUUUCACUUGCUGCUUUUAUCCAACGAGUAUUGUGAUCUUUUACUACAUCCGCGUAUGAUGAAUACAUUUUCACAAUGGUUAAAUGUGUAAAUAGUACUUUCAGUAUGAAAGAUGACUAUUUUGUAAUGUUUAAGCAAAGAUAUGACCCUAGUUUUUAAUGCCCCGAUAUGUAAAUAGGAAUUCUAUGUGUACUCUUGUACAUAAAAAGCAGAGUAUGAUAUUUCUUUUGUUUUGUUUGGAUGGUUUGUUGUUUGCAUGUGUCUCUGUGGUAAAACGAUAAUCUAUCCUGCACUGUGUUGUGUACUAAUGUCUGACUCCUCACUUCUGCCUGUUGCAUGCAGACGCAUGGGAACUACCUUUGUAUCCCUACUGGUGGUGAUGGCGGGUGGGGGGUUGUUAAGUCUUAAAAAAAAAAAUAGCGUCUUUCUUUUUGACCGCACCGAUGGGUUCGUUGAGAAUCUGAAUGGUCCUGAAGUAAGACUAAAAUAAAGACUGUUGAAGCAGUUGAUGAAAAUGUGUGAAGAAUAUAAACGUGCGUUGAAUAUUUGUUUUGUUACUGGUUAACAAAGCUCUGUGAAAGGGCUCGAGUGGGGAAAUUGACGUACAAUCAUAGAUCUGCAUUGUGCAUCCAAGAAUUUGUAGCGGCAAAUAUUUAAAAAAUAUGUUUGGUUGUUUUGUUUUGUUUUUGUUUGUUUUUGUGUUUUUUGUUUUGUUUUUUUGGGGGGGAGGGUUGUUUUUCAUGUGAAGAAAACCUGAAGCAUAAUUUCAUUUUAUAUGUUUUCAUUUUUUGGUGUUCAUUUGCACUGAUAUCUGAAAUAAAGUUGUAAAAUGCA